AUGAAUGAUGAUGAACGUGAAGGGAUUUGUGUUGAGAGUCGUCAUGGUCCACAUUGCACAACUGAGAGCGGUACAGUGACGUCAAAAGAUGAACAGUCCAACGAUAAAAACCCAUCACGAAUGACUGAAGACCAUACGGUUGUGAUAUGCGAAGAAGUCCUAAAACGACGUGAAAUUCUCUUGGAUAUGUGCAGUACACGAGAAACGGAGAUCAACAGGAAAAGGGCAGAAGCAUGGGACGAAGUUCACAUGGCGACGAUGACCCGUUGCCAACGAAAACUUCGUCUGGAACAAAUUAAACGUGUCUGGAGACAUCAGAAGAAUCGCGUGCGACAUAUACUGAACAUUGAAAAACUCGGAUCCAAUACGGAAGUAACUCUUGAGGAUGUGAUCGCAGCACGAAAAGGCUUCAUGACGGACUAUGAGAUCGCUAUCGCUCGUGCUUACGUAGAGGUGCCGCCACGAUGUCGCUCACCAAGCAGUCGACGGCUCGACGAGCUUGAUUUGUCAUUUCGGAAGCGGGUUGCCGCAUCUCCUAGUAUUCGAAUUGAUGACUCCGUCACAAGUGUGCUCGAUCGAAUCGCAGCCGAAUGUGCUGUUGAGGCUCAGAAUCAAGCACAAACUGAUCCAGCCAUCAACCCUGUUUCAAAUGCGAGAACAGUGCCAACACAAUCUAUGAUUGAAAGCGACGACUCGUCCUGUACGUCUGAGAAUGUGCAACCAGUUAAACGAAAGCGAACAGGUCGUCGUCAAUUAUCGAUAAUCAACGAACAAUACGAAAUGAUUAAAGCUCAACGUAUUGCUUUCGAGGAACAAGCUCAAAUGUACCGAGCAAUGAGGUCGUUCAUAGAGGAGUCAACUCGUACCAUACGAGAUCUCGUUGGACGAGUUAACGGUGAGCAACAAAGCUCAGCAAUUGAAUCAUCUCCUAGCGAAAGUAACCUAGAGUUUGCCCCUAGUAAUCAUAUGGAAUAA